UUCUGUCCCGGGUCCGGUGGUGUUAGCCCGGGUUAGCACGUGUUAGCCCCGUUAGCCUGGUUAGCCGAGCGCAGGGCCUCGGGUUCGGGUUCGGCUCUGGGUUUUAUGUGCAGGUGUUUUUGUGAGGUCCGGGUCGGUCCGGUUCGGUUCAGGUUCAUGUUCAUGUUUUAAUCUUGUGAUUCCAGCUUCAGUUUGUGUUUUUGUGGAGCUAGCGCUGUAGCGGCGCAUUAGCAUCACACAAACCUGCUGAAAAAAGAGAUUUUUAAGUAAAUGUUGAUGCUCUUCGGACUUGAAACGGCUCAUUGUCUCCGUCCGACGGGUUCGGGUUCAGGAGGUUUAGAUUUAGAUCAGAACUGGACUCAGGUGCGUUUCUCAGGUGAACAGGAAGUGUCCAUUUUUGGGAAGAGAGGGGGCGGGGCUUAUAGAAACAGACCGUAGAUGUGCCCCAGAGGACUGGACCAAUCACAGUGAAGUGUGACUCAUAGUGAAGCAGAGUCAUGUUUCCUGUCGCAGACGUUCACACACUUCAGUCUCUUUACACACGUGUGAGUGAUGAUGUCAUCAGGUGGGGGCGUGUCCUCACGACUUAAACACAAACAAAUGAAACGUGACGCGGACGCUCAAACAUUUAUAGAACCAUAUCUUAUUUGUAGAACCAUAUCCAUGUUCAGAAAAGGGUCGUCCAGGCCUGAACUGACUGAACCUUCACCUAAAGCCCCACUGUGGAACAUUUCAGCCAAAAAUAAAGUUCCACUGAAGCUUUUUCUUUUUUUCAGUGUUUUUAUGACACUAGAAACAUUUAAACAUCUUCACUGCCUCUUCACAAACUUGUGGCAUAAAACAGAUCUGUGUCUGUGGAGAAUGUUCUAGACUUCAACUCUUUCUCCUCGUGGGAUGGAGCAGGUGGAGUGAAUGUCCCACAGUGCAGCUUUAAACGGCGUCACAGGUCCCAAAAGUCCCGACUGUUCCAAAUCUGAUCAUUUAGAUUCAAUAAAACCACAGUAAACGUUUUAGAUUCAUCACGAGUCGAGUCUGUGGAACAGGCCAAAGGGGACCCUGUCAGACCGGACCCUGUCAGACUGGACCCUGUGGGACGGGAGCCAGGAGCUGCGGGGCCGUGAGGGGCUGUAGAUGUCUCAGUCCGCUCCAUGGCUCAGGCGCAGCAGAGAGAGAUGGUGCUGCUUCAGGAAGAACCCCCCGGCAGAGCGCCCUCUGCUGGAGGACACAGGUGGAGCGAGGAGAGGGGGAAGUCGAACCCUCACCCUCAGAAAGAGCCCAGACCGGACGAGAACCUGCCCCCGGAGUGUGUUCUGCGGGGCAUCCGGGUCACUCUGGACAACAACAGCAUGUGGAACGAGUUCCACCGCUGCAGCACGGAGAUGAUCGUGACCAAACAGGGCGGCCGCAUGUUUCCGUACUGUCGUUUUCGCCUGUCCGGCCUCAGCCCCCACAAAAAGUACAGCCUCCUCAUGGACCUGCGGCCGGCCGACGCCCACAGGUACCGCUGGGGCGGGCGAGGCUGGCAGGUCUGCGGCAGAGCCCAGAGUCCCGUCCCCACGCCGCCCUUCGCCCACCCGGACUCCCCCGCCUCAGGCCAGCACUGGAUGCAGAGUCCAGUGUCGUUUUACCGCCUCAAACUGACGAGCGACGCAGACGACAGGAGCGGGAACGCCGUGCUGCACCUGAACCAGCGCUACCUGCCGCACCUGCACGUGGUCCAGACCGACAGGGCCAAAGACGUGAAGCUGAGCGGGCCCGGCGUCGUCACCUUCACCUUCCCGCAGACGGAGUUCAUGGCGGUGUCAUUGUAUCACAACAACAGGCUCACGCAGCUCAAAGUGCAGUACAACCCUUUCUCCAAAGGCCUGAAGGACGAGGCUGCGGCAAAGGGACUGAAACAGAACCCCACAGAACCGGGCCCUGGACAGAACCCGCUCAAGAAGAGCCUCAAGUCCCUGUUAGCCAACCACAAACCCAAGAGCUCCAAACCCACAGAACCCAAAGGAGAACCUAAAGGAGAACCACGAGAGACCCCCAAAACCUCAGCAGACCAGCCCAGAUCCUCCUCCACAGACCGGCCCAAGUCCUGCUCCCGGGACCAGCCCAAGUCCCGUGACCAGUCCGAGUCUGCAGCUAAAGCCCCAUCAGAACAAACCUGCCCCGCCCCUCCACCAUCACAGAAGUUGUUUUCGGAGCGAAUUCGAGAGGCGCACGUGGCUCUGCAGAGGUGUAAUUUAUCCCAGUACGAAGUCCACAACAUUUCCUCUGAACGGACUCCACAAAACUCUGCAAAAGACUCUGAAAAAGAGGGAACGAAAGGCCAAAACUGCACGAAAAACGCAGAGAAACCGAGAAAAGAUUGUUUUGUUUCGGGCAAAGACGACGCAAGGACAGAAGUCUGUAAGGAGAACAAACCUGUAGCUUCAACCGCUUCUAAAUCUGAACCUUCGUCUGAGGCAAAGGUUCAGAAACGGCCGCCCACUCUGCCUCUGUCUGCGCUCGGUCGGUUCUUAAAGCAACACUCGGCCAAAUCGAAAAAGGCAAAAGUCGAAACUGAUCAUGCUAAAGAAGCUGAUAAUGCCAAGACUGUAAAAGAUCGAAUGGUACAAACAAAUUCACAACUAGAAUCUCGAAAAACUGAAACUAAACUUGAACCGUCUUUGAGCGAGUCCAAGGACGUUACUGACCCUCUUACAGCGGCUGAACGCAAAGAACCUAAAACAGAUUUACCAGUGGAGAACGCAGUAUCACAUAAACCAGAAAAUAAGCUAAAACUGUCCUGCAGUUCAACCAAGAAACAGGAGAAUUUUAUAGAAGAUGUUCAGAAUUCGGAAUCAAAAGAAAAAUCUGAACAUUUGCACCAGUCAAAGCAAGAAUCGUGUGCAACGGAAAUCCCCGAAUCGAACUGUAAAUCCACAGAAAGCCAAUCAGAACGUUUACCAGUAACUUUACCAGAACCUUCUGAUCAGGUAUUUACAGUCCGGAAUGUUCCCAAACCCCGAAAGAAACGGAAAAAGUCAAAAUGGCACAAACCGAAACCAAAACCGCCAGCGCAGAUUUCUCAUUCAGACCCCGGUUUAGGUCGGAGAACUUUAUCACCUCAGAAAGACACAGAACCACGUGAGACUGAUCAGUGUUUAGUUUCAGAUUCAACAGUGUUACAAACCUCUCCUCCUCCUCCGUUUUGUGCCCUGUCCUCCAUUUCACCCCCUCUGCCCGACCCGGAGUGUGCCACAUUUGGGUUUGAGCCUCUCUCUCCCGCCAGCUCGCCAGAACCUCUCCCCGCCCUCCCCGAGUCGUUAGCGUUAGAUUUAGAACCUCAGGAAAACAUCCCCGAAACGGCCCCGGACCCCGAGAAGGACGAGAGCAAACCGGGCUCAUCUGUGUUUAAGUGGCACACCGUGUUACCGCCGGCGGAGCAGAGCUUGGCCGCGCCCUUCUCACCGUUUCACCCCUCAGCUUCGCCCUCUGACCUCGCCUCGCAGUCCGAGAACGGCGGCCCCUCGCUGGCGCCCGAAGCCGCCGCGUUUCAGGAGCAGUCCUUGCCGUUUCCGGGGGAUCUGUCGCCUCUCGCGCUGCAGUUUCCGGUGUCGCCCACGUUCUCUUCGCUGGACGGAGACGCACUUUCGCCGACAGACCUCACGGAGCUGGUGCAUUUUUUCGCGGGCGCCGACGCAGAUCUGGGGAUCGGCGAGGAGUUUUCGAACGCAGCGGCUGAAGAGCAAACGCCGCAGCUUACAGAAGAAAGGUCAGAGGAAAGAUCAGAGGAGAGAUUAGAGGAGAGAUCAGAAGAAACGUCAAAGGAAAGGUCAGAGGAGAUGACAGAGCCACAGACGGAGGUGAGGACUGACCACGUGAGGGCCGACCAGGUGAGGACUGACCAGGUGAGGCUGGAGCUGACGCCCAGGGCUCAGAGGAGGAGGAAGAGGAGACGUGGAGCUGCUAAAGUGGAGCUGGAGCCGGAGCUGGACCCGUCGUACUCCGUGAUGAAGCCGAGUCUGGAGGAGGUGGAGGAGCAGCUGUUCGUCUCAUUCACCUCAAAGGAGGCGUUGGAGCUUCACAUCGGAGACUCUCCAGAAAACUCCCAGACUGACCCCGCCCCCUCGGUUCAGACUGACCCCGCCCCCUCGGCAUCACCUGGCCCCGCCCCCUUGAUCCAAAAUGGCCCUGCCCCCUCUGUACUUUGUUCCACAGACUUUAAGAGAAUCACAGUGAGUCUGAAGGAAACUCGCCCGGACUCGUCUCCUCCUGCGUCCUCGCCUCCUGCGUCCUCGCCUCCUGCGUCCUCGCCUCCUGCGUCCUCGCCUCCUGCGUCCUCGCCUCCUGCGUCCUCGCCUCCUGCGUCCUCUCCUCCUGCGUCCUCUCCCACACUAGAAGGAGACAAGGAAACCGAGAGGAAACCAAACAAGGAGGCAGGGGGGAGGAGACGACACAAGGAACCACAGAGGGAACUGAAUGAGGAGCUGGAACGAGAAACUGCUGCUGCUUCAACGAAUAACGAGGACACUAACGAGGACGCUAACGGAACAGAUCUGAAGGACGCACAGAACAAGGAACCAUCUAGAACCGACCCAGAUCGGGAACCAGAGAACAUCCAGCAGAGCUCAGAGGAACACGUCUGUGUGUCUCUGGAGCAGCAGAUCUUUGAGUUUGAGCAGAUUCUUCUCAGGGACGUGAAGCUCAUGAAGCACAAACAGGUGAUCCACCCGGAGUUACAGCAAGUGGGUCUGAAGAUGAGCCUCCUGGACCCGUCUCUCCCUGUGGACCUUCAGUACCUGGGCAUCCCUCUGCCCCUCCCCCCUCCAGGAACCAAUCAGGAGCCCAGUUUGUCCGACGCAGGGGGCGCCACUGGAGCCUUCGUGUCCCGGACAGGAAAAACCACCGACGUGACUCAGAUCAAAGGAUGGAGAGACAAGUACGACUCUGCACUGCCCCCUGAAGCGCCCCCUGUGCCAGAGCCGAAGAAGAACCUGUCGGCGUUCUGCAGUGACAUGUUGGACGAGUAUCUGGAGACGGAGGGAAAACUCAUCGACGAACGCGCGUCCUCCUUCACGGCCCCCGACCCCGCCCCCUCCCUGGCGAGCUACGUGCGCACGCUCACCUGCACCGUGAAGGCCAACGCGGCGGCGGACAUCAGCACCAGCGACAUCAUCUCCGGCUUCGUCCCUCCCUCCAAACGCCCCAAACCCCCGCCCAACCGCGCCGCCAAGAAAACCUUCAAACACAAGAGGAAACUCGGCCGCAGAGACGAAAACGCCAAAGUCACGACGAAGGAGGAGGAGCAAAGCAAAGCGCCGCCCAGUGUCCAGAACGAAGAACUGUCGGACGUCUCGAAACUCAAGAAACUCCGAGAGACACGGCGUCUGUUUAAGGCCGGGUUCAACGACGACGCGCCAACGAUUCAUCUGAAGAAGUUUGGAGAGAACGAAGAGGAUCCGAGUUUGGAAACGGAAAAUACGAUGGACUCGUACGAUUACGACUUCACCGAGCCGCUGUCGCACUCGCCCAAACCGCAGAAGAAACAGAAGCUACGGUCCGACGCGUUUCCCAAAGAGAACAGCUCUAAUUUCGACUCGUUUUCAGAGAGUUCCCGGUUGAGCGCGCACGAGUUCGACCACACGGAGCCCAUCUCGGACCCGACCGAGUCCGGACCGAGCCGGGUCAAACGCAGAAGGCGGCGGCGGCGGCGGUCCGAGGAGCUGGAGCUGAUGGCGCCGCUCGAGUCCGAUUCCGAACUGUGCGCGGAGGAAACCGACCGGAAACCGACCAACCAGAGCCAGAGCGCCCACGACACGGCCAAUCAGAGGCAGGAGGAGGCGGAGUCCAGGCGGGCCAAUCAGAGCCGGCCGCUGGUGACGAAGGCGCUGGUGAAGCAGAGGGACCUGGAGCAGAGAGGAUUCUGGGAAGGAAAACAACGAACGUACAUCACCCGCGAGAGAGCCACCGUCGCCCUCAGCUCCCUGUUCACACUCAAGGGCUUCGUGGAGGACGACCCUCGUCUCCCGGUGCGUCUGGCCCCUCGCCCGCCUCCUCGCUGCCUCAAUGACUUCUGUCGUCUGGGCUGUAUGUGCUCCAGCCUCGCCCACCGCGCUCGCUCCGCCCACUGCGGCCGCGCCCUCUGCAUGCUGCGCUGCACCUGCCUCAAACAGAAGGUGGUGCUGCUGCGCAACAUCGACUCCUCCGACGGCUCCUCCCCCCGACGCCCGCCCAAGAAGAAGAGGAGGAGGAGGAGGAUGAAGAUGGCCUACGUUCUGAAGGAGGCGGAGAGUGUGUCUCAGCCUGCCUCUCCGGUCCGGACUCUGUGGGUCAGAACCAGAGACCAGGACCAGGACCAGGACGUGGACCCGGUGUGCGUCCCUGCUGUGUGUGCGUCGUCUCUACACACAACACACCAGGUCAAGGCAGGAGCUGAAGAAGGUCACAGCUGCGCCAGGAUCAGGAGUUUCUCCGAACGCAAACGCAGAAAAAGACCUGACUCAGACUCCGCCCCUCCAGGUGAGACACACCUGAACAUGUUAAACAAACUCUCCUCUGCUCACACUUCAGACGUGUCGAGGUCUAACGCCGGUUCUGGAUCUGGUUCUGGAUCUGGUUCUGGUUUUGGUUCUGGUUCUGGUGCAGUUCUCAGAGACGGAGAACAUCUGAGCAAAGAACCCAGCGACCCCACGGUAACCACGGAGUGUGAGGAGAGCAGGAGCUGCGCACGAAUCCGAGAAUUCAGCGGACGCUCCAAGAGAAAACAGAAACCUCCAGAGUCGGACAAACCCUCGGCUCCGUCAGGCUCCGCCCCUUCUGCGCCCGUCUCCAAACGCCUGGUGCUUUUGGCGAACUGUAAGUGGCAGAGCGAAGGCGACCGCGUCUCGGUGCUCAAAGUGCUGUGUGAGGCUCUGGCGCUCGGGUCUCUGGAGCGACCGUUCUGGAUCGGGCCGUACUUCAUCUCCCCCUUCAGCCCCACCGUCGUCCAGAAGGGAGGAAAACACGUCACGGAGAUCAGGGUCCACAUCUCCACCCCCAAAGCCUUCAUGUCCACUGCGGAGAAAGAGAGGAGCAACGGGGAGGAGAAGAACGACGAGAUGAACGAGGAGACGACCGAGGAGACGAACGAGGAGACGAACGAGGAGACGAACGAGGAGACGAACGAGGAGACGAACGAGGAGACGAACGAGGAGACGAACGAGGAGACGCCCCACAUGUCCAGUCCCGAGAAGAAGAGGAGAAACAAAGACGAGACGAAGGAGGAGAGGAGCGAGUACACCCCCAAAGAGGAGAAGAGAGAGGAAGAGAGGACGGAGGAGAGGGGAGAGGAGGAGGAGGAGGCACAUCAGGAGAUAAACAAGCUCCAGGGGGCGCAGGACGAAGACGAAGACGAGGAGGAGGAAGAGGAGAUGGACUGGCCCCAAGACGAAGACCAGCCGGAGCUGUCAGAGCCUGAAGACCAGGAGGGGGAGUCUAAAGAGAAGAGGGCGGGGCCUGAUGGAUGGGAGGCGGGGUCUGAGGAGCGAGGGGAGGAGCCUGAGGGAAAGGUGGAGUCUAAACCACACGAGGACCUGAUUGAAGACAGUAAACAGGAGGCGGAGUUCCCUUCCAAUCAGAUCGUGGCUCUACCGUUUCUCACCAGCAUCAGUCCAGCGGGAUUCAUGUCGGCGACUCCGAAGAGCGGGAGCGACGAAAACUGCGUCCAGGUGAACGGGAAGCCGUACCCUCUGGCGAAAGUGCAGUUGGGUCGAAUGGGCGCGCUCCAUCCUGCCAACCGAUUGGCCGCUUACCUGACCGGGAGAGUGGGCGGGGCCAGCAGACCGCUUAGCUCCGCCUCCCCGCUCACCUGCGCUUCACCUGUGACCUCUGCCCCCCCCUCCACCACGAGGACCACAGCCGGACCCUCCCAGACCUCUGCGGGGUCUAAACCCGAGUCUAAACCUGAGUCUAAAAGGGUCUGGUCCUGGGUCUGGUCCUGGGUCUGGUCCUGGGUCUGGUCCUGGGUCUGGUCCAGGGUCUGGUCCUGGGUCUGGGUCCAAACCUUCGGCUCCAACUCUUCCUCCAGGUUUUCAGGUGAACGUUCGUCCGUCUUUAAAUCCGCCUCCGGUCGUGAUGAUCCAGGUCCCGAGUCCGAGCUCGUCUCUGCGACAGAUCGUCUCCUCCGGGCCCCUGCCGCCCCUGCCGACCCUGCCCCUGCCGACCCUGCCCUCCUUCUCCCUGCCCCUGUCUGUCCUCACACCUGUCACAUCCGUCUCCUCCUCCGCCCCCUCCGGCUCCAUCCCCCUCUCCUCCCUCACACCUGUCGCUCCUGUCGCCCCUGUCGCCCCUGUCGCCCCUGUCCCCCCUGUCCCCCUGCCUCUGGCCCAGACCGUGCUCGUGCCUCAGGUCGGCUCGUCCUCCCCUCAGACCCUGCACCUGUCUGCCCCUGCCCUGUCUGCCCCUGCCCUGUCUGCCCCUGCCCUGUCCGGUCCUGGCAGGCACUUGUUUCGGACGACUGACGGGCGCCUGGUGCAGCUGAUCCCGCUCUCGCAGAAACCCUCUUCGUCCUCCACCGCUGCCUCCACCUCCUCUUCUUCCUCGUCCUCGUCCUCGUCGGUCCAGACCAACAAACACAUGAUCGUCUACAAGAGAGUGA